UCCCCUACUCGGCACACACUUCGAAGCCUCGAUACGGAACGUCACAUCACUAGUGGCCAGAUCGUCCGGUGCUGUUGACGUCGCCAGGUCUCUGUCUGUAAAAAAAGGGAAAAGAAACCAAAGCGGAGCGGGACGCUGGAAAUAGCCUGCAACGCAUCUGCGUAGCAAACAGCAACGAAGGGGCUGAAAAACAUCGCAUCACUGUUUACCAAAAUGCCGUUUUCCGUUAACGGCAUCCUUUGCACGCUGGCGCUGCUGCUCCUGUGGAGGGUGGAGGAGCUCACGGAAGCCUGCAGCUGCGCCCCGGUACAUCCGCAACAGGCGUUCUGCAACGCCGAUAUAGUGAUUCGAGCAAAGGUGGUGGGAGAGAGAGAGGUGGAUUCUGGGAAUGAUAUCUAUGGGAACCCCAUCAAGAGGAUCCAGUAUGAGAUCAAACAAGUUAAGAUGUUCAAGGGGCCCAACCAGGACAUCGAGGCUGUCUUCACCGCUCCUACGUCGGCUGUCUGUGGUGUUACCCUGGAUGCCACUGGAAAGAAGGAGUACUUGAUCGCAGGCAAGGCCGAGGCCAACGGGCGCAUGCAUGUGACCCUGUGUGACUACAUUAUGCCCUGGGACUCCUUGAGCACCACCCAGAAGAAGAGCCUCAGUCAACGCUACCAGAUGGGCUGUGAAUGCAAGAUUGUGCGCUGUCCAUCUCUGCCCUGUGAGAUCUCAGCUCCUGAAGAGUGUCUGUGGACGGACCUGAUGAUCGAGAAGCAGGUGCACGGACGUCAGGCCAAUCACUACGCCUGCGUCAAGAGGGCAGACGGCUCCUGCUCUUGGUACCGUGGUGUCGCACCACCCAAGAAGGAGUUCCUGGAUGCUGAGGACCCUUAGUCACGUGGCACACCUGACAAAGAUUAAUGUAAACAGUUCCAUUGAAAUUAAAUUUAACAACAUCAGGCAAAGAGAUUAAAAAGGCAAAGUUAAUAUGACUGAAAUUACCCUCUGGUCUGGAAACAGUCUUUAGCCUCUCUUUAUUUUGUAAUCAGUUGGUAUUGACAACAUGAGGUCACUUUCAGCCUCAACAGUGCUCAACAUUAACUGACUCUGAAGAGGCUCAGAGUCAGAACGAUUGUUUUCAGACACAGCGCCUCUGUAAAAACAAAUAGAAAAGCAUCAUGAGACAUAGACUGGUCAAGUGAUGAUGUAACUUCCUCCUGAGGCUGGCGUCAGGAGGAUAUAAAUCCUCGUUGAGACAGAACGCUUCCUGCCCCACAGAACUUUGUAACAGCUAUGACUACACAAAUUACAAUCCACGAUCUACAGGCGGUCAUUCAUUACCCAUCGUGUUUCUGCUUUUAUUACCUCGUUCUGCUUUUUAGUCCAAAGCCAAAUUCCAAGUUGCCUUUUGUUAAAUGAUUGUCUCCCUCUCCCCGAACAGUUUCUUCUACUCUGCAAGGAACUGUUUGGCCACUGCUAACGUCAGACUUUAGUGUUUCUUUAACGUUUUGCAUGGUUUCUGGUUUUAUUAGGUGAAAAUCUUUUCUUGUAGUGAUUUUAACAGCAGCCUGCGACUGUAACAGGCCUCACUGGACCAGUCUAUGCUGUGUGAAGAUGAGCGCUCUCAAUUUAAAUCUGCUCUUGAGGUGAAACACCUUCACUGCCCCACAGUCCAAUCAGAAAUAUGCCAGAUGUCUCCCUCUUCCUCCUCAUUUCUUCUUCAAAUCUUCACCUCUUUCAUCUAUCCCCGCAUAUGUAGCUGUACAGUACCUAUGCAUAUACAUUUGUCGUUACUUGAUGAUUAUUAUUUACUGCAUUAGAUCUAGAUUUGCACUUUUGGAGGAUGAGUUCCAGUAAAGACGAGAGUCUUGACACUCUGAUGUGAGAGUUAUUAUUGUGUGCCCAGACUGACAGAUCCACCUCAGGUGCAGAUUUUAAGUGUUUUUGGUGAUCCAUAUUCACAAAGUUAUUCUUGAAGUCUUUGUUACCACAGAUAAAAUAGUAUUUGCAGUGAAAGAAAAUCAAAGAAAGUAGUGUCUGAGGGGUUCGGACACAAGGGAUCUUUUUGCAGAGUUUGUGUGAACGAGAAACGAAACAAGCUCGUGGGGUGUUGUUUCAGCGUCUCUGUAUUAUCUGUUGAUUGUAAAUGCAAACAGCAGUUUCACCAUUUGCCGGUAUAAUGUCGCACAUGGUUCAUUUCUUGAGUAAUAAGAUGCUUAAUGUCAGCUUUGACUCGUCUUUCCUGCUUCUUCCAGUUAUUAAUGAAAGCUUUAUCACUGUCUUGGUAAACAAUCAAAGUUUACAGUGCUGUUUUAUAAACCUCAAGCUACAUUAACAAGAAAUAUAUAUAUGAUGGAGUAUUAGAGGCAUAAUUUAAAAGUAAACUCUUUCCAUUUUCCAUUACUUUGUGUUUUUCCAGUGUUAUUAUUAUACCUGUCUUGAUUUUUGUGUGUUUUCGCUGUCUUUGUCUACAACAUCUUUAGUUGUAGUGUCAAGCUGAGAAGGUCCUCUUGCGCUGGAGUAACGUGAGAGUGAGAGAUUAAUUCUUUUUGGAGAGGUGUAGAGAAAUGAGAAGUGGAUACCUUGUGUGAAUAGAGGACUGUGCAUGUGUUUUAUGCUUUUGUGUAAGUCCAGGAGGACAAAAUAUUCAGUAUUAUCAAAUAAAAACCCAUGUUUGAAAGAAUAAUUGAUCCCUGUGU